GUCAAAUAUUGCCGAAAAGAAAACCGCUUCGUUUCGGGAGCCGAGAGCGUGACGUGAGGCAGAUUCGCAAAAGGCAAAAGACACGCCACACGCAAGCAUAUACGCACAAGUUCUUGCUUGCUUGAACGCAAGGCUUUCUUGGAGGGCUCAUUGAGGGCUGGACCUCAUUAACAUCCCAGUCUUUAAGUAUACACCUAUUGCGUGUGUUAUUGGCAGUAUAGCAGACCAAAAAACAGUGUAGUUUAUUUUAUAGUUAUUGUUUCUGCAUCCUGCCUUCGUGCCUUUUUCUUGGCAACUAAACGCUCUCCCGCGCAGGCAAAGAAGCUGUUAUUACCUACUUUUUUUGCCGACCAAAAACGCGCACACUAUAGUGUACGUUUAUUACACCUAAAGAGUUGUGCUCUUUAAGGGUGGAUAGCUGAAAAUAAAGAGCCUGAAACAUGCCAACAGCUCUUUCUUUUCAUCUUUGGAAAAAGAUGGUUAAAUAAUACACAAGAGAAUUAAAGUGUAAUAACAAAGUGAUAAGCAUAACUAAAGGAGUAUGGGAGCGUUUUUGGAUACACCCAAGACAGAAAAGGUCAACGAAAAAGGAGAAGGCAAUGGUCUCAAAUAUGGAAUUGCCAGUAUGCAGGGCUGGCGGUUGGAGAUGGAGGAUGCACACAGAGCCAAAACUGGCCUGGAUGGAGGCCUGUCAGAUUGGAGUUAUUUUGCAGUGUUUGAUGGUCACGCAGGACAAUUGGUGUCAGCACAUAGUGCAGAACAUUUGCUAGAAUGUAUAUUACAAACCGAAGAAUUCAAAGCUGAAGAUGUGAAAAGAGGGAUACAUUCUGGCUUUUUGAGUUUGGAUGACAAAAUGAGAAGUCUUCCUGAGAUGUGUGAUGGCACUGACAAAUCUGGAUCUACAGCGGUGUGCGUGUUUAUAUCACCGACGAAAAUUUACAUUGCCAACUGCGGUGACUCGCGCGCCGUGCUGUGCAGGUCAGGCAAUCCGAUCUUCACGACACGCGAUCACAAGCCAGUUCUACCAGCCGAAAAGGAGCGGAUCGUCAAAGCGGGCGGUAACGUGAUGAUCCAGCGAGUGAAUGGUCUGCUGGCAGUGUCGCGCGCCCUCGGCGACUACGAGUACAAGAAUGUCGAGGGUCGGGGCCCGUGCGAGCAGUUGGUCUCGCCCGAGCCGGAGAUUUUUGUGCGCGACCGUGAUGAUGAGCAUGACGAGUUUCUCGUGCUGGCGUGUGAUGGCAUCUGGGACGUUAUGACCAACGAGGAUCUCUGCGAUUUCAUACACUCCAGGUUGCUCAUCACCGACGACUUAGAGUCUGUCGCCAAUCAAGUAAUAGAUACGUGCUUGUAUAAGGGUAGCAGAGACAACAUGAGCAUAGUGUUGAUAACAUUCCCUGGAGCUCCAAAGCCAAAUCCCGAGGCAAAGAAGAAAGAGGCAGAACUCGACUUGUUGAUCGAGAAAACUAUUAAAGAUAUAAUUUCCCGUGAAGAAGGCAAAAAGGACUUUAAGUUCAUGACACUUCUUCAGAUGCUUCUUGACCAGAGUAUACCCAAUUUGCCUCCUGGAGGUGGGCUUCCUGCAAAGCAAGCGUUAAUCGAAAGUGUGUUUAAAAAAGAAUGUCCUAGCAGAGCAGAAAGUGUAACCCUUUGAUACGAUUUUCUUCAAUACAACUAAUGGUCAACUUUUUUCUGAAAAAAAAAAAAAAAAACAAAUUUCAUCAGAUG